AUGCAGAUCUUCGUCAAGACCCUCACAGGGAAGACUAUCACCCUCGAGGUGGAGUCUUCUGACACCAUCGACAACGUCAAGGCAAAAAUUCAGGAUAAGGAGGGUAUUCCCCCCGACCAACAGCGUCUCAUCUUCGCUGGAAAGCAGCUCGAAGAUGGUCGCACACUUAGCGACUAUAACAUCCAGAAGGAAUCUACCCUCCACCUUGUCCUUCGUCUCCGUGGCGGAAUCAUCGAGCCCUCACUAAAGGUACUCGCAGCUAAAUACAAUUGCGACAAGCAAAUCUGCCGAAAAUGCUACGCACGUCUGCCCCCUCGCGCAACUAACUGCCGUAAGCGCGGAUGUGGACACUCGUCACAACUCCGCCCCAAGAAGAAGUUGAAGUAG